AUAAUUAAAACAAAUUUCAAGUCCGCAUUCAUUCUCUCUCUUCAAUUCAACACAUCUUUUUCCCCAAAUCAAUCAAAAACCCUAAUUUUAUUCCCAGUUCACCACAAACUUGGAAGGAAUAAUAAGCAUAAUUCGAAUUAAUGUUGAAAUAUGACCUAAAUUUCACUUCCUUAGAUCGAUUCUCACUUUAAUUGCAAAAAUCGGGGGCGCUCAAAGCUUGUAUUUUUUCGGUAAUUUGGGCAAAAUAUUGUCGUUUUAAGUUGUUUUGAAGUGUUCUUCUUGAUAUUUUUUAAGAGGAAGAGCUAUGGACUUUGAUGAUUUCGAUAGUAGCGAUUUUCAGGAAUUAGUAUAUGUGAAUAACUAGCUAUGCGGCGAAAUUCACCAGUUCUGAAGCAAAGGUCCUAGUUUCAAACUCAAGCUUGCUAAGUAAGUUUAGGUUCUAUUCUUUGCAAGUGGCUAUUUGGAAUCUGGCAUUUGUUAUAGUCUGCAUUAGUUUUAUUAGCAUUUUUUAGUUUGAAUCUAGUGGCAUUGCUCAAGGAACUGAUGAUGACCUCCCUCCUUCACAUCAAAACAGAUUUCAAAGAGGGAGCCUCCCUGCUGGAAAUGGAAGAUCUGCAGUUGUAGGUUCUGCUAUAUUACCUAGGAUGCCACAGAAUGACAUGGAAACUCAGAUCCACAACAUUGAGCGGGAAGCAUAUAGUUGUGUCCUUCGGGCCUUCAAAGCUCAAUCUGAUGCCAUCACUUGGGAGAAAGAAAGUUUAAUUACCGAACUUAGGAAGGAGUUGAGAGUAUCAGAUGAGGAAAAUAGGGAGCUUCUAUGCAGGGUUAAUGCCGAUGAAAUCAUCUGGAGGAUAAGGGAAUGGAGAAAGGCAAGUGGCCUCCAGCCUGGUAUGUCAAGCAUCCCCCCACCUGUUCAUGACCCUGCACCAAGUCCAACUGUUUCAGCAUCACAUAAGAAACCGAAAACUUCUCAGUCUGUAGCGUCUUUGUCAAUGGGUGCACCAUCUCCUGCUUUGCAUCAGUCUAUUCAACCAUCAUCAUUUGCCAUGAGACCAGGUCCUCCACCCGGCCCUAGAGGCAAGAAACCAAAAUCAUUAACAAACUACAUUUCUGCUGCAUCUCCAUUGAAACCGAUGCAGUCAUCUACAGGUCUUACUGGAGGGGCCCAACUUGGUAAUCGGGGCUCUUCAGGUUCCUUUGCACCAAAUGAACCUGCUGAGCCAGCAACCUAUGAUCCCUUAAUUGGAAGAAAAGUUUGGACAAGGUGGCCUGAAGACAACCACUUCUAUGAGGCGGUGAUAACUGAUUUCAACCCAAUUGAGGGGCGGCAUGCUUUGGUUUAUGAUAUUAAUACAGCAGAUGAAACAUGGGAAUGGGUCAACCUCAAAGAGAUUUCCCCGGAAGAUAUUAAAUGGAAUGCUGAUGAACCUGGGAUUUCUCGCAAAGGUGCUCGACCAGGGCCAGGACGUGGGAUUAAGAAAUCCAUGACACGUGGUGGUUCUGUUCCUGGGGCAGGAAGAGGUAGAGGGAGCAUGAAGGGCCAGCUUAAGAAAAAAAUUCCUUUAUCACAGAAUGGUGUUGGGAAGAAGGUUUUGGGUGAGAUUGAAAUUCUUCACACAGAUACUUUAAUCAAGGAGGUUGAAAAAGUUUUUGGUUCUAAUCAUCCCAAUCCCUCUGAAAUUGAGAAAGCAAAGAAAGUGCUGAAGGAUCAUGAACAAGCCCUUGUCAAUGCAAUUGCAAGGCUUGAAGAUGCAUCUGAUGGUGAGAGUGAAGAGGCAGACAAGCGAUUCUCUCAAGGGCAAUCAAUGGACCAGGAACAAGGAAGGAGAAAAGGACUGUAUAGUGAUAUGGGUGGAAUGGUUGAAGGUUCAGAGGCCAAUGAUGGGGAGAAAGGAUAGAAUAUUGAGACCCAUCCUACCCGGUGUAAAGUCAUCUGAUAGUCGUUGAUGCCUAAUUCUUAUGAACUUCGAUGCAAUUAGGCCGGCAUGACUGUUGUGAUUUAGUGGUUAUCCAGUUGCAUGUUCUCUUGUAUUUACACAAUUCCUUCUAACUUGAUGGCUGGUGACCCGUUAGGUUGACUUGAUUGUAAGUUUAUUCAUCUGAAUUCAAGUAGAUGCUCUUGUAAAUGUAACAAUUAUUUAUCAUACUAAUUUGUUUGCUCUUCUUUCUUUC